CAUGCGUCCACCACCACCACACGCCGUCAGCGCGACAUCGAGAUGUCUAUUUUUCCCCUUCCCUUUUUUUUCUUCUAUUUUCCUUUUUCUUUCUCUCUUUCUUUCUUUUUCUUUCUUUCGCAACAUCCGCUCGUAAGGGAUGUCGAAAAAUGCCCUCGGUGUCUCCCGGGGCCGAGAACCUUCAGGGGUGGUGGGUGGCCUUAUUGGGGGGGGAGCAUUCGAUGCCCUUGACAGCAGAUGGCGAUAUUCACAUGUGGUUCUGGUCCCCUGUACUCUACCAGAGCAGCCCGCCGGCCCCCAUUGGCAUGAUGGAGGGGUAAAGAAUGCCACGACCGUGUCUUCCCCGUCCGAGACAUCGAGGACCUGGAAGUCUGCGAUGAGAGACGCGGGGAGAGACAAGACUCAGCAGGAACCCCUGUCGUUUUGCCUCGAGCGCUGGCCACACCGCGUCCGGGUCCUUGGGUUUUUUUCGUGUUAAAGACCUUGGACUGCAUCUUGGAAACGGUUCGGAUGGAUCUAGUCCUUGGGGUGACCCGCCCCUUCUCACCAUCGCAUCUGGGCCACGGCUCACAGGUUGCGACCUUCACUUGGUUGUGUAAUGGAUGCAACGUGACUGAUCAGGCCAAAGGAAAACUCUUCAUCCCAGCUGAGAGAGAGAGAGAGAGAGAGAGAGACGAGAGUGAAAGGCAGCAUAGCCUAGAGGACGACGCGCACAGCCUUUGCUUGCCCG